GCGGAAGUACGUAUCAAGUAGCUGAGAAAACAAAUAAGCAGGAACUGCGGAUGUUGAGAGAUGGAUGAGCUAGUGCAUGACCUGGCCUCUGCACUGGAACAGACUUCAGAACAAAACAAACUGGAGGAGCUGUGGGAGGAGAUGGUGCUGAGUCCACUGCAGCAGAGGAGGCAGAUUCGCAGGAGGCGGGGCAGGAAACGACGCUGUGACUCCUCCCACUCCCUGGAUCAUGCCCGCUGCUUCAGCGAGGCCUCUGAGUCCAGUCUGGAUGAAGCUGCCAAGGACUGCCGGGAGAACGCUGCCGCGGCCGCCAACUUCAGCGACUCGGACGACAUGAUCGUGGCCAAGAGACGACCCUCCUUCUCCUCCUCCUCCCUCAAAAACAAGCAGCACUCCUGGCCAGAGUCGGACUCGUUCACCGAGAACACACCGGGCCGGCCCCUGAGAAGGAGGCGGAAGGUGAAACGGAUGACCUCUGAUGUUACAGUCAGCCUCCAGCAGAAAUUAAAAGUGUCUGAGCUGGACACCGAAAGGAGCGGGAACCAUAAAUCUGCCAAAAAGCAGCGGCUGUCCAAGUUAAAGAAGAGCGUUCCCUGGACAACCGCCCACGAGUCCUUGAGUAAUAGAAGCUUCAUUAAUGAGGAGGGGUGGAAGGAGAAAAUGAUGUUUGAAGCAGAAGAGCAGAAGGAAGCCUCUGAUGAAAAUAUGUCAGAAUGUGAAACAAGUAGUGUGUGUAGCAGUGACCCUGGACUCUUUACAAAUGAUGAGGGGAGACAAGGAGAUGAUGAGCAGAGUGAUUGGUUCUUUGAGGGAGAGUGUGGCUCUGGAAUUGGGGUCCCUAGGUUUCUUCCCAACUGGGAAACAGACUCCCAGCCAGAGCUGGGACACCUGGAUUCUGGAUUGGAGAAGCUUUCAUCCCCAACUUUCCUCCAGCCCUCUCGACCUCCACAGAGAGGUUAUCAUGCACGCUUAAAUCGCCUGCCAGGCGUGGCUGCUCGUUGCAUCAGGAAGGGAAGGAGAAGGCUGCCUGGCAGGGACAGUGGUGUUGCAACCUUGUCUGCUGAAAGAAUAAACCACUUUUCACAAGACCCUUAUCAAAAAGAUUUUUGGUUACCAUUGAUAGGAAAAAGAGACUGGCACCAGUUUAACCCCUUGUCUUCCUUGUAUCCAGUGGAUGUGGUUACAGAUGGCUGCCACCGGAGGUGCUCUUCCUCACUCUGUAAAAACAGACAGACAAGCGUGCAUCUGGGAUUGCUGUGCACUGGCGACAUAAAAAGAAGAAGAAAAACGACCACAGCUCCUAGUUCUGCAGCAGCUUGCAUUCCCUUCCACGAGGAGAGUCGGGGUGAAGCUGCAGAGGGUGCUGGAAACCAUCGUAGUCCUGUAAGCCUGGAGUCCACCAGAGCGGGAGGGCCUUCGAUGUCUGAGAAGCCUGAUUUUAUCAAGCCAGCCAGUUUCUUCAGAUCACGGAGGGAGCAGGAGCACGACUGAAACGUGCUUCUCUUUACCAGCCUGGUUAAGUUUGUCUAGGUCACAAUCAAAGGCAUACUGUAGGUGCUGUAAAUAUAACUUCCACAGGGGAAACACGUUUUGUCUUUUAAAUUACUGGAGGGCAUUAAACCUAUAAAUGCACCCCAGUUCAAUCAGCACAGCUAAUAUUGUUCUUUACAUAUGUUUAGCAGUGGUGGGUAGCGACCUCCUGUCAAAAUAGCACUGUGUAAAUGACACAGUGCAAAUAGCAGGAUGGUGACGUUCCUAAGACCUACCAUUUUAAUAAAAAUGAAAUGUUUUUAAAAUGUUUGUGUUUUUGCUAAGGCAACUCUUACACUCCAGAGAGUAGGGAGCAUUUGGAAAUACACAAUGAAUUGGUGCUUUGUGGUUUUCUGUCCUUUGGGAGUCUUAUUGUAUAUUUCAGGUUCAAACAUUAAAGAAAAUAAGUGAAACACUAAUUGUGUUAUGCAUGUGUCCAAGUUCACCUGCCUAUAGUGACCACUCUUGACAAAUUUCCAUGUUACGUAUUUCAUCUGUUAAAAUCCGCAGGACUUAAAGAUUGCUUUGCAACCCAUGAGUGGUGGUUAAAGGCUGGUUUCACUGUAACGGAUAUUUUAACUGUGGUUUGCACAGUAUAGCAAAUUGAAUAAUUGUUUGUGUGGCCAUGUCAAUUUCCAGUAUCCUCUUACAGUAUAUUCAAGUUUAUAAAUUAUGUAAAUAGUACAACAGUAUCUAGAUACAGUACAAUACUGUAUCAUUCUUUGCAUUUUUUAUUAACUCAUGACUUACUUUUCCAGGGGGUUAUAAUCUACUGUAUCCACAGCUCUCUCUAGGUAGAAUUGGGAUCUAGUGUUCAAUCUGUUCAAAUACAGCCUCUGCUAUCAAAAGAAGGCUUCCUGAUUCAAGUAUGAAAACACUAUAUUAAAAAAAAAAACAUUGCUGACAUUUGAUAGACUACGCUGUAGAGUGCCACCUCUACGAGAGGAGUCAUGGAAACGCAUUCUCAAUAAGUCACAGGUUGAGUGAGCUGAGCGGGUCUCUGUUCCCAAAAGGUAUGCUUGAGCUGGCCAGUGGUGGUAGAACAAGUAGGAAUCAUGGCCUUCCCAGAGGCAGUUAACCGUCACAUUGGUGAUGCCUUUUUUGCAAUAACAUCACCUGCAUAUUCAGGGAAUGGAUUUCCAAUCGACGGAAUGGAAUCGGAGUGUGUAGGAAGUUUGGAAGUGUCACAUGGGUGCAAUCAGUUGCCUGCCCUGUUACAGUUAAGAAAUCCAGAGGCCUGAUAAAACUCAUAUUUCAUUCCCUGUAACGAUUACCUGUCAGCGGAAAAAGAGAUGUAUUGAUCUGUUUUCCUUUUUAAAGCAGCAGUCACCUGACAAAGGCACCUAGAAAAGCAUGACUGAGUGAUGCCCACAGCGUAACCCACUGUGGAGGUGCUUCAAAUGACCCGGUGACAAAGAAAUAUAAUGCAGCUAUAAACUCAACGUGAACUUGGGAAAUACACAAGACUGUUUCAUACUCUGACACUGUCUCAGACCAGGUCUCUGGCUGUGUCUCAGACCAGGUCUCUGGCAGUGUCUCAGACCAGGUCUCUGGCUGUGUCUCAGACCAGGUCUCUGGCUGUGUCUCAGACCAGGUCUCUGGCAGUGUCUCAGACCAGGUCUCUGGCAGUGUCUCAGACCAGGUCUCUGGCUGUGUC